AUGGCCAGUCCCUCGUGUUGGCGCAUACUAACCCGCAGGAAAGUGCUGUCCUACGAUGGGAGCUCUGAGAAGCUGGGACGUAUUCUGAACACCUUCGAUCUGACGGCUCUCGGGGUUGGUGCGACGCUCGGUGUUGGUGUGUACGUGCUCGCAGGCCAUGUCUCCAAGGAUCAAGCCGGUCCUUCGGUUGUGCUGUCGUUUCUCAUCGCUGCUGCGGCGUCUUUUCUGGCUGGGCUGUGCUACGCUGAGUUCGGAGCGCGAGUACCCAAGUCAGGAUCGGCGUACAUCUACAGUUACGUGUGCAUCGGCGAAUUUAUGGCGUUCAUCAUCGGUUGGAACCUGAUGUUGGAGUACAUCAUCGGCUCAGCAAGUGUGUCCCGGGGGUUAAGCCUCUACAUCGACACGCUGACGAAUGACACGAUGAAGACGCGCUUCCUGGAGGUAGCGCCGAUCGAGUGGGACUUUAUGUCGAACUAUUUCGACUUUUUUGCCUUCUCCGUCGCGAUCUUACUUGGCAUCGCAUUGGCGUUUGGGCUGAAAAAGUCCACCAUGGUCAACAACGCGUUCACCGUGCUGAACAUCUUCAUCGUGCUGUUCGUAAUAGUGGCCGGUGCCAUCAAUGCGGAUCCGGAAAACUGGCGCGUAAAGCCCGAGAACGUCUCGAGCCUGUAUAAUGCGGGUGAGGGUGGUUUUUUCCCGUUCGGCUUCGAGGGUACGCUCCGAGGUGCGGCAACCUGCUUUUUCGGCUUCGUUGGCUUCGACUGCAUAGCCACGACGGGUGAAGAGGUUCGCAACCCUCGGAAGGCGAUCCCGCGGGCCAUUCUGUUCUCGCUCUGCACCAUCUUUCUCGCGUACUUCGGGGUGUCCACCGUGCUGACGCUGAUGUGGCCGUACUACAAGCAGGACGUCAACGCACCAUUGCCGUUUGUAUUCAACGAGAUUGGGUGGACCUUUGCCAAGUGGAUCGUGGCUAUCGGAGGUAUCAUCGGGCUGGUGGCUAGCCUGUUUGGAGCGAUGUUCCCACAACCACGCAUUAUCUACGCGAUGGCCCAGGAUGGGUUGAUCUUCCGAUCGCUGGGUGAAGUUAGUCCCCGUUUCAAGACACCCGUCUUUGGGACGCUCUGUGCGGCCCUGCUAACAGGAACGAUGGGUGGCCUGUUCGACCUGAAAGCGCUGGUUAAUAUGCUGUCGAUCGGAACGCUAAUGGCGUACACGGUGGUGGCGAUCUCGAUACUAAUUCUAAGGUUUUCGGAAAACCCCGACCCAGCCAUCCCGUCCACGAGCACCAGAGACUCGUACGAGGCAUCCAAUUUACUAAAAGCCCGCGAGCGCGUCACUGGGUCGGCUUUCUUCAAGCAGCUGUUCAACUUGUCCUGCAUUCGCUUGCCCACGAACGUGUCGAGUAGUGUCGUCGGCGUGCUGGUGACACUUUACUGUCUUCUUGCGAUCGCACUCUCGCUCACGAUCUUCUACGCUAAGGACGCAAUUUACGACAUGGAGUCAUGGGCUUGGAUUCUGUUUGGAGUCCUGCUCGGUUGCACCUUGCUCGUGCUGCUGCUCAUCUCGAUACAGCCCCGUGAGCGGGCUGAUGCACCUUUCCGAGUGCCGCUGGUACCACUGCUUCCGGGGAUCAGUAUUUUCGUCAACAUCUACCUGAUGCUCAUGCUCGAUGUCUACACCUGGAUACGGUUCGGGAUCUGGAUGGGAGUCGGGCUAGUAAUUUACUUUGCAUGUGUUUGCUUCAACAAGCAUGCGGUUAAGAAUCCCGAUGUACGCGUUCCUGUCAACUAUCCCACGGAAUCGUCCUCCAUCGAAAGAGGCUACCGGGGGAGACAUGAAGUGGAGCUGGAAAAUGGUUCCGUAGCGUCUGGAUAUGAGCUGUCGCGCCGUGAACGUGAAGAAUAUCCUUCACAGAAUGGUUACUACUCGCAAAAUCUUAAAACAGCAAUAUCCGCUGAACCGAGCGAUAGUGACGUCGACAAAUUUUCAGAGUUAAGAUCAACGGUUGCACCGAAACAGCUGACUGCCGUUGGUACAGUGGCCGCAAUUUGCUCUGGCUCCGAACCGGAAGAGGACCAGCGUCAAAUGAAACACGCCAAAUCGAACGGAUCAACGCCCAAGAGUAGCUUCGACGAGAUAAUUCCACUCUCCGAAGUGACCGUCCGGGGAUUCACGGAAAAGACAGAACCCAACGGUAAGGUGUACUUUGUGGCGCAGGAAGAAAGUGCAACUGAACGCGAAGUGAGACCUGAUGAGCUGGCUGAGCCCGUGUCGUUGACUGACGAGAAGGAAACGUCCAAGGCGAUCGCAUUUUUAGAUAAUAUUCUGGACGACGAAGACACACUUCCCUCCGGGGAAGAAGCGCUCAGCUCAGGUGAGUACGUCGGUCGAUCGAGAAAUGGUGAUGACGAAUCCCUGGCCAGCCCCGUCUUCCGUGAGCAGUCAGUUGUUGCCGACAUACACCGAUCGGAUGAUAGCCUCGUGGAGCUGGGAGAAAAAGAACUUUGGGAGAAGACAGCCCCAGCACAGCCAGAGCCUACUGAAGCUCGGUCAAUUCCAGCAGGUGAUAAGAAGCCGAAAGACGUUAAAGACGAGCGUGAAGAACCUAUAAUGGGUGAAGAAACUAAAAACUCUAACUCGGUGGUUUCAACUGAAGCCGAAUCUGCGAAUGAUAUCACAGAAGACAAACCCAAACUAAAACCACGCGUAAUGUACAUCGCUGGAAUGGCGGAGAGUGGUGCCGCGGCACCGAAGGAGUUAUCCGAAGAGGAGCAAGACUACAUCAACUUUCGGGCAGUAGAGAAGGAGCGGUUCAUGACCCGCCUCAGCACGUUGUUGGAAAAUCCCGCAAAGUUGCCACUAAAGCGGCUCCAACCACCUAACGAGAGUCGGGUGGUUGAAGAUCCCCGAAUGCCGACGGAGUUGACCGUAGUAUCGCCUCCGACGACCACAACCGCUAUCAGUCGAUCGAGCAGCGAGCCCAGCUUCGUGUUAUUGCUGAACAAACUCAACUGCUCGGAUUCUCCAACGGAAAGUGAAACGGACGAACCGGAUCCUGAUAGGACACGGUCCGGAUAUAGCAGUGUUGUAAUACCACCGGCACCGAAGUUUGACGAGACGCUGUUCAACACGAUUCGCGUAGGGUCGGUUGUCCCUGACACACCUAAAAGCCCUAUUCCAAUGGCACCCAAAUUCGAUCCAGUGCUCUUCAACACGCUAGGGAAGGGAAAAUCACAACGAGGCACGAUUCUACCUGAGGAAGCAACACCUGCUACACCAACGGUCACUCCUUCCACGAUUACUCCUUCCGGAGGACAGUACUUUGAGGUAGAACUGAAACCCUUGAAAGCCGUUGCCAGUUCCACGGCGGUUCUUCCAUUGGUUCAGUCUAAAACUGCUCCCCAAGAGGAAGCAACCCGUGAAGAUGCCGCAAAUAAGCAGAAUUCUAGCAAUCCCCGGGAAGCUUUCAAAUCUCGGCUAGAAAAGAUCCUGCUACGAGGUCCAAUGGAUGUGACAGGUCGUUCGAAAUCACUGCAACCGAUAAUAACGGUAGCGACCAGCGAAGGAAUACAACGAACGAUCGCCGACCAGCAACAGCCUGCAUCGAGCACGGAUUCAGGGCUCAGCAUGGGCUCUUCUACUAACUCGAUCGCACAGCCUGCCCCGGACGGAGUUUCUACGCGCGAUGAAAGCUUUCGAGAUCGAGCGCGAGGUUUUGAUACGGCGAAAAAGAAACAAAAGCUCCUGUUCGAUGACGUGCUGAAGUCGAUCAACCCUGAGACGCGACCGAGCAGUAUACGGAACUCAGUGGAACAUCGGGUUUCCUUCCGGAACUUUAAGGAGGGCCUAAGGAAAACGGUUCCACCGAAGCAGUACCUGCCGGAUGCGUGACGGAGAUGAUCCUUUCUUUUGGGCAGCUUACAACUGUUCUGUGACCAUCGAUUUGACGCUAGUCCUACGAUAGAAUUACUCUAGUUAACCUGCACCCAAUUCCCUUAUUAACGAUGAU